GUAUGGACUACAGUUCUCCCUACCAAUUUGACCAACACUGGGUUCAGAGAGUUCAGAAGGAAGAGAAGAUAUUCCAGCAACAGAAAGAUCACUUUGACGCCAUGAAGAGAGAAAAUAGUUAUGAGAGAGUCGAAAAAAUACCAGGAAUGUAUGACAGAAUGAGCAGAAGAAGUAAUAGAUCUACUAGCUCAAGGUCGUCCAAUUCAGUAGAUACUGUAUCUACAUACAAAAAUCCGAAGAGUAGUAUGGGUUCGUCAAAAUCAAAAUCCUCCAACUAUACUUACUUAAAAGAGCAAUUAAAGCAAGAACAGGUAAUCAGGGAGAAAAUGCAAGAGGAAAUUGAAAUGCUCAAAAAGACCAUAUCUUCACUAAAAAGAUAG